CCCCUCGUCCUCCACAGCAGAGUGGACAGAGACGUACAGCAGUGAGGACGGACGGACAGACAGAGGGAGACGAUGGUGAACCAAGUGGAGAUCUAUGCUGGGAUGCUGUUUUUGGCUGUGUGUGUGCGCUCAGGAGCAGCUGCUGCAGGCAUGCUGAAGGUUGACAUGGUCCAGGAUGGGAGUGGCGGCGGCGGGGACACCAUCAGCCACUCCCUGACCCUGGUGCAGCGUCUGGAGGCCCUGCUGAUCCAGGGGAACGGCAGUGACGUGUCUCUCAGGGUGGAGACGCCCAGCGCAGACGAGGUGAAGGUGAUCCAGGCCCACUCUCUGGUGCUCUCCCUGCAGAGCCCCGUGUUCGAGGAGAUCCUGCUGAGCCGCAACAGCAGCAUGCUGGUCCUGAAGGAGAGCUCCGACUGUGCCGCUGUGUUUGACAAGUUCAUCAGGUAUCUGUACUGUGGAGAGAUUUCUCUGCGCCUGGAUCAGGCCACACCUUUACACAAGCUGGCCACUAAGUACCAAGUGAUGGGUCUCCAGCAGGGCAUCACCCAGUACAUGACCCAGAAUCUGGCCCGGGAAUCCACCUCAGGCCACGUGGCAGGCUGGUACGAGUACGCCCUGCAGGCCGGGGACGUGACUCUGAGGGACAGCUGUCUUCAGUUUAUGGCGUGGAAUCUGUCGUCGGUGCUGCAGAGCGGGGAGUGGGUGACCAUCAGCAGCCAGCUGCUCAUGUCCCUGCUGCAGCGCUCGGACCUCAUCCUGCAGAGUGAGAUGGAGCUCUUUGCAGCGCUGGAGGCCUGGAUUAUUCAGAACGAGCCCGAUGGUCUGACAGCGGAGAACGCCUUGAGAGCGGUGCGUUAUGCCAUGAUGCCGCCACGGGAGCUCUUCCGUCUGCAGACCCAGUCAUCGGUCCUGGCUCGCUAUCAGGAGUCGGUGCGUGACCUGCUGUACAUGUCCUACCAGUUCCACUCUGCGUCGCCGCUGCACAUGGCCAAAUACUUUGACGUGAACUGCAGCCUCUUCAUGCCCAGGAACUACCUGUCGCCAGUGUGGGGGUCGCCAUGGAUCAUCAGCAACCCCUCACGUGACGACCGCAGCACCAGCUUCCAGACCCAGCUGGGGCCCAGCGGACACGACUCCAGCAAACGGGUGACUUGGAACGCCUUGUUCUCACCGCGCUGGUUACCCCUUAGCAUGAGGCCGAUGUACACGGAGACAGGCGCCAUGCAGCCCACACGUGUGGAGGGAGGGCGCCCUCGCAUCAUCAUCACACCGGCCACGUCCAGCGCAGAUUUUGCUGGGGUGAACUUCCAGAAGACGGUGAUAGUGAUGGCUCAGCAGCAGGGGAAGGUGGUGGUGAAACACGUCUACAACUUCCACCAGAGCACGGAGGAAAAUGGGGAUUUCUUGGCCGAAGCCGACCUGUACCGCCGGACGUCGGAGUACCUCAUCGACAGCUCCCUCUUCCUCCAUAUUGUGGUGAAGCCGCUGUACCAAACCCUCAUAACCAGCAAGAACUGACCCUCCGCCCUCCUCUCUGAGACACCUUACCUCACCGAACACAAUCCAACCGUGAAGUGACAUCUCACUCAUAUCACAUCAUGAGGACGUGGAUCUGAAUCGUCCUCGUGUGUGAUGUUUGGAUCAUUUGUCUCGUCUCAUUUAACUUCUGUUUUCAUUGGGCAACUACACCACGUUCCAAAUUAUUAUGCAAAUUGUAUUUAAGUGUCAUAAAGAUUAAAUUUUUUGUUUUUCAAUUAAA